AUGUCGUGGCCCAACGAUCAGAAUUCUCGGAGGCGAGGGGUUUGGAGUCAUUGGGUACCGCUUGCGGUCACCGUGACUGUUGCGACAGUUGGCCUCGCGGCUUGGGUAUGGAGUCAGCGCAAAGAUGAAGACGACACGCCCGAGAGCGAGCAAUACCCCGAUCUCGACUACGACAAUGCAAACUAUGGCGACAAUCCUGCGUACGGGUCUUCAAGAGGGCCCAAGCCUCCAUCGAGCAACGUGGGAACCGAAACGUAUGGCACGGCUGACGUAUCCCGGGAUGUGCCUGGGGAUGGAUGGGGAGCGCGGAUGUCUGGCGCAUUGAGGCGCACGCCCAGCCCACAGCAGUUCCUUGACGCUGCCGGGAAGACUGUGACUGCCGGUGUCGCGGCAGCCGGUGCUGCAGCUGGUAGGGCCUUGGCCGCUAUCAGGGAGGAAGACAAGAAUGCCUACGCCGACCAUGAGACAUGGUCCGAGGAAGCGGAUGCCAGAAAAGAACGGUCUUCCGGGCCCAGAGACCCCAGCAAACGACGUAGGACCGUUGCCAUUGUCGUAUCUGCCGACAACCAUGGCGACGACUUUGACGAAGAUGGAUUCCAUGAACACGCCUCCAUUCUGUCGCAUAUCCCGCGCUACACCAACUUCAACGACAUCAAGCUCUUCGUUUUGAUUUAUGCGCCGGGUCUGAAAGAGUCGGCUGGCGAAUCUACCAGUAAUCUUCCGCCGCCGUCGUUGAGCUCGUCCUUCUCAAACAUUGAGCACCAUCAAGCCCAAACGCCUGGAGAGGAGUCGUCCAAAAGUCCUCUGAUGAACCCUUCGCCUGCAAACCCCGCCUUCAACGCCGUUUACUCCCAGGCGUUGGCCUUGGUUGAGAAGGAGACCAUGGUGAUGCCUUUCACCACUGCCAACGGCCACACGCAUAUCCUUCGCCAUCUGCAGCCCGAGAUCAUCUAUCUUCAGGAGUCUCUAGCGGGCGAAAAUGGGGCCCUGGUCUCUAACCUACAGACCUGGCUGCGCCACGACAUCAUUCUCGUCGUGGGUGCCGAGGGUGGCGACGGUGGUCUCGCUGAUAGCGAAUCCGAGGCAGAGAGGCCUGGUAAGGAAGAAAAGUGGUGGCAGCGAUCGGACCGCGUUGGGCGUGGCCGAGGCGUUGUCGUCGUUGACGGCAUGCGGGUCCAUGACGACUGGGCCCGCCGUGUCCAGGGCAAGGAGUAA